UGCGUACAUGGAUCUAAUCUGUUGGGGGCUCAAGAGGCUUCCAGAAGAUGAGGCAGUUUCAACGUUGAGAUGCUAUGUCUGAUACUACUAGUCGAAAUAAUAUGAAAAACUGGAAUGAAACCAUUCAGUUGGAAAUAUCCACGUUGGAGAGAAACAUCUUGUCUCACCGCACAAAAGAGAGUGUACAGCAACUCUGUGUUUUUGAUUUUGAUGGGACUCUGGUAAAGACUCCUUGUCCUGAGGAGGGAAAAGAGAAAUAUCAUCAAUACUACUUUCAACCUUGGCCUUUUCGGAGUUGGUGGUCUAGACCAGAGUCGCUUUUGCCGCCAGUUAUAUCUCACCCACUGCCUCCUGAACUAGUCAUAUCUUCAGUCGUAUCUCAGUUCCGUUAUUUAGACCAAGAGUUGACCAAUUUGUGCAUCGUAUUGACAGGUCGCUUAUCGACUGUUCGUCCUCAGGUAUUGCGUAUAACACAACAACUCGACGUGGGAAUUCUACCUUGGCGGGUAUUUUGUAAACCAGAAAGUUUGCAUUGGACGACUGACACGUUCACUUAUAAACAACAAGUGCUUCAGGAGUUGGCUCGAAGAUUUGGAGAUAUUCGUCGAUUUAUUAUUUAUGAGGAUCGCUUGUCACAGGUGAACCUCUUCAAAAAUGUUCUUGCACCCAACAUGCAGAAACAGUUUUCAAUAGAUACGUCUCUUUACCAUGUGAAAGGUGAAGAGAUUAUAAAUUAUGGAACUUGUUAAUAUUAGUAUACUUGUUGAGAAGAAGUAGCUAGUUACUUGAAGAGAACUUGAAGCAUAGUAAAAGAAAAUUUUGGCGCCAUUU